AUGAACACUCGAAAAACAAUCAUUCUUCUUCUGUUUAUGCUUAUCGCCAUCUCCUUAACGAUCAUCUUCACGUUGAUGCUUCAGCCACAAACUAUGUUUCUAGGAGAAGAAUUCGACGUGCGUGUGAUCAACAGCUUCAGAGACAACUCUUCUCUCCCUCUAGUUAUCUGGUGCACUUCGCCGCAAGGAGAUCUCGGUGGUCGUGCGCUUCAAGAAGGUGAUGACUUCGAAUGGACGGCCAAGAUCGAUUUGUGGUCAUGGAUGGCAGAGUACACAUGUACAAUGAAGUGGGAUUCAAAGAGGAAACAGUUCGAGGCGUUUAAGGUUUCUAGAGACAGCAAUAGAUGUGGAUCUACUAAGAAGUGUUCUUGGUCCGUUAGAGAAGAUGGAUUUUAUUUUAGUAGUGAUGAGGUUUAUUGGACCAAGGAUUUUUCUUGGUUAUAA